AUGCACGUUCAGAUCUUCUACGAGGGACCCGCAGAAGGGUUCAGCUGGGUACUGCCAGUACCCUAUCAACCUCAGAUCGAUGUUGGCUCGGAUCGAAUCUUUACGGCAUUGUUCCAGACUACGUUGCCAACGUUUUCGUUGCAGAUUCAACAGGAGGUCACGGACACCUGUUCGCAAGAUGCAUUUCAAGGCGAACAAACAUGUGCUCCCGCCAUGGCCUUUUUCGACAGUGCUGGAGCCGGCGGCUGUCCCAACUGCUCUGCGGCUGGUGCUGCUGUCGUGUUGGACGAGGGAAAUGUAGGACCCUUUGAUUAUGUCAUUAUCGAAGCAGCUGACAAUGAUCCCUCCAGUGUCUUUCGUUGGCUCGAAGAAAACAACUAUGAUCAACCCGAUGAAGCAGCAGCUCUCUUGAACUACUAUGCCAUGAAUGAUCACAAAUUCGUAGCAUUGCGUCUGGAAAAAGAUGCAGAGGCCGGAGAAAUUCAACCCCUCAUUAUGACCUACGAAAUGCCCGCGCAGCAAGAUCCAAGUCCGAUUGCCUGUGUCCCCAUUCAAUUGACCCGCAUUGCUGCUACGGAAAACAUGCCCAUUCAAGUAUACGUCUUGGGCGAUGUCCGAGCAACUCCCUUGAACUUUAUGGAGAUGGAACUUGAUGAUGCCCAGGUGCCCUGGCUGAAUUGUCAAAACCGUCCUACAUGCUUUGAUGACAACUAUCGAGAACGUUUCAAUCGAGCUGCCAACGAAUUGCUCAAUCACACAUUUGUGACGGAAUAUGCUGGACCUGCCAGUAUUGCAGCAGGUCGCAUUGAAAUCCCGGUCGAUGCGGCCGACAUUGCCAGUGUCCAGAACGAGCAAGAGUUCUUUGAUCGGUACUUUUUCUCGUUGCCCAACACCAUGCCACUGGUGGUUACCAUCAUCAAUGAACACACGACGUUCAAUAGGCUUGAACCCAAAGACGAAAGCUGGGUAUUCAAUGCUACGCUCUUGGCACAAGAACUCGAGGAAAAGGUCUUGGAACCGGCCCGAGAGGACCAAGCUUACGUGGAUAGCUUUGCCUAUUUGACGCGCAUGUAUGCUCGGUUGGGGCCAUCCCAAAUGACAAAGGAUCCUUUCUUUACGUUCAAGGCCGAGUUGCCCGAGGUAGACCGAGUGCAUCGGGCUACGGCCUUGCCCGUUUGUACCAGUGACAUCCCCAGCGCCUUGGAGAUUACAGUAGAGAGGGGAGGAAGCACCAUUACGAUUCCAGCUUCGUAUGAUGCAUGCAGCGGACAAUGGAACCCAGCAACGGAUGUUAUCAUUGUACAAGGUGUUUCACCAGCACGACAAUUGGCCUCGUGGGGAUACGAUGGAGACGAAGGGAUUGUUGUGGUCCGUUCUGACAAUGGAACCUUUGACAUGCAACUCGUGCAAGAAGCGGUUGCAUUUGGGGACUCGUUGGUGAUGAGCCAAGAAAUUCCGGAGUAUACCAAUGGGAGUGGCAAGGGAACAACUGAUUCCAAUACUACACUUAUUGCUCCCACCCCUAUCUCCUCGCCUGCACCUGACACUUCAGUAACCAGUGCACCAAGUGCCACCACCUCAUCUGGACCAGGUGACUCCCCAGCUCCAGGAAACAUCUUCAAUACCAGCGCUGGGGCACCCACCAGCAGCCCCGACAAUAGUAGUAGUCCCGGUGCUGCACCUGCCAAUGGCACGGUAGCCCCCAGUGCCAUGCCCACCAUGGCACCUUCCUUACGAUCCUCGGCAUAUUCUAAGUCUGAAGCGAAGCAAUGGAUCCUUGGGGUUGCUACUCUGCAGCUCUUGAUGGCAAUGCUUUAG